UGUCUCUUUUACUUGGAAAUUUUAUAGCAUCGACCGACAAAGCAAAUAGUCAAAACAAAAUAAAAAAGCGGAAAUAGCAGUUACCGUGUAGUUUAUGAAUAUAGUCGUUUAAAGAAACAGUACUUGUGAAAAGCAAAAGAAGAAGAGGAAGAAUCAUGCUACGGGUAUUAACUGCAAGACGAAAUUGUGAAUUACCGUCGCGAUUUUUUCAAGUGCGUUUCGAGCAUUAAUUAAAAGCUUUUUAAGGUGUUUUUCUACUUCUACCAACAACCCUUCCAAUGACGCGCGGCAUAUCAAACACAAUUGACGUGCUGCUGCCGACAGCCACAAUCGUGCGUGCUUGUGUGUGAGUGUAUAGAUACAUAUAAGUUUAGUUACUUGUGUACAAAAGUGUGUCGUUUGGCAGCAUUUUACAUCAAGCGCAGCGCUUGGCAUUUUUCUCAGCCUGUGACGUUGCGUGCUUACCGACGGCUUUUUAAAGUAAAAGUGAAAAUUAAUGCCAAUUUAAGCGCUCUAUGUGCGCUUGCAUUGCUCAACGCAAGCAACUCAAUGUCAACGGCCGCAACAACCCGCGCAACGCUCACACAACACGCGCUAUCCUCGCCAACACCUGAAAUUGCUGUCAAUUCUUCAGCUUCAGUGUCGCCCAUAACACAACCGAACAGCGUCAUAACGCCGCAUUCGCAUACCCAUACACCCGUACUCGAACAAUUGUGCGUGCUGCGUCGGCAUCGCGUCGAUAUGCAUCCAGAUUGUAUGCUGUUGCAGGCACAUGGCGUAACAAGCCCGCGUUUGAGCCCUAAUAUGUCAGUAUUGGCAGGUGAAAAACGUAGACGCCAUAGCCAGCCAAUGUCCAUGGAUGAGACAGAGGAAGCGGAAGAAGUGUGUGAAGGGAUUGACUCGACUGAUGAAAUGGAUGUGGUGGGAGAUGCCGAGGAGAGAGAAAUCAUAGUCGCGGAAAGGAAGCGCGAAUUGGAAGACAAAUCUGCCGUUGCAUGCUGUGAGGAUGAAGUGGACGCGGAGGCCGAUAUGGAAGAGGAAGAUGAUGCGCUAAGUCUUUGUAGUGAAGACAGCGAAUUGUCGGUGGGUCAGGAGGAAGGCAGCGCUGCAACAAGUGGCUGCUACUCCACGCCCAGCUUUUGUGAUUUCAACCAGCAGCGCCGCCUAUUACUCAGCAAUGUUGGUAAUAUGAUGGCAUUGUGCGCGCCGUCGGCUUUUAGCAGCGUGCAUACGACCGCUUCAGCGUGCGGUGAUGGGAGUGAUGCGCGUUCAAGCGCUUCAACGGACGAAAAUACAAUGCAGCAGUUGGAUGAUGAGAGCAUUGGUAGCAGUACGGGAAUAGCGCUGCAACAGCAGCCGCCACCUCCGCCGCCCCCUAGCACUGUACUUGACCCAUAUGUUGUAGCCAACGCGUUACGCAUGCCGGUGCCAGUGUUGCCGCGUGCAACAACACACACCUCACCUUUUCAAACGGAGUUCAUGCGAAAAUCUCAUAUGUACGCUGAGGAGUUGGUAAAGCAACAAAUGCAAUUUAUGGCUGCGGCACGUGCUAGUGCUUUUACGUUGCGCGGCGCCAAUGCGGCGGAGACCGUAGCAGCUGAGAGGAGGGCUAUGGCGCGAAUACAAGGAACGCCACAACAAAUGUCCAACUUUGUGGGCAUACAAUCACAGCUAACGGCUAUCACAAAGAUGUCACAAUUGAGCGCCGCCGCAGCGGCUGCGGCUGUUGCCGUAGCGGCGGUAGCUAAUAAUAAUCAACCUGUCUCACAUUCACAUCAACAGCAGUUGCUGCAGCAACAACAACAACAUAAACCGAAUUUCCCAAACAAUGCCGACGCGCUGACCAAACUGAACGCUUUGACGACAGCGCAUACGCACCUCUCGCCCACCGCCGUUUCAAGCUUAAGCCAGCUACAAGCGCAAAUGCAAGCGCACUUUCCUUAUGCUCACAGCAACCAUGCCAACAACAACCUCAACAAUAAUAAUAAUUUAAAUGAACCAGCGCUCAAAUUUAGCAUCGAUAAUAUUUUAAAGGCGGAUUUUGGCAGGCGGCUGGCAGAGGGCGCAGCAUGUAUGGCGGCAUGUAACAAUAGCACGCGCUCUGCGAAAACUUGUAGUGGCAGCAGCAAUAAUAACAAUGCCAUGCAGCGCGCGCGGAAAGCGGUGGCCACGUUAUCCAUGAACAGCGCUGCAAACAAUGCUGGUGCUGGUGCCGCGAGCGCAGCGAUCGCGAUCGAUCUAACGCAUCUCUGUGCGGCGGCGUCGACUACAACUACCACAGCGACGCUGAAUUUCUCACACACACUUGCGAAUAUCUGCACAAAUAGUAGCGAUUCGAAUAGCACCGCGGUGAGUAGCAGCUAUGGCGGCGCUUCCGAUCAAGCUAAAUCACCUGCUGCUGCAACAGCCGCGGCUAAUGGCGAUUUAACAGCGUCAGCUGCGAAGUGCGUGACAGAGUUUAAUGCGAAAACGACGGAAGAUACGAAUGCCAGCAGCAGUAGCAGCAGCGUUACCAAGUCCAGCGGCACAGGAGCGAGCGGAAGCGGCCCGAUUGUAUGGCCAGCGUGGGUGUACUGCACGCGCUAUAGUGAUAGACCCAGUUCAGGUAGGUGA